UAUUUUCCGGAAACGCCGCUCCUCCACCCCCUCAAAGCUGUAGCCCAGUACAAACCGGGGAGCCAGGAUGCCGUCGAUUGAGUACGACGACUCAAAACCUAGCUGGGCCGACCAAGUGGAAGAAGAGGGAGACGAAGGCACCCUCCCUUCACCAAAAGAGACGGUCAAAGGUAAUAUAAAGACCGUCACGGAAUACAAGAUUGAUGAUGAAGGCAAGAAGGUCAAGAUCAUCCGAACGUUCAAAAUUGAGACACGGAAGGCCUCCAAAGCAGUCGCUAAGAGGAAGAACUGGAAGAAAUUUGGCAAUUCCGAAUAUGACCCGCCAGGACCAAACGUUGCCACUACCACUGUCAGUGAUGAUGUCUUCAUGACCUUCAUCUCCAGUAAAGAGGACUUAAAUUCACAAGACCAGGACGAAGAUCCCAUGAACAAGUUGAAAGGUCAGAAGAUUGUGUCCUGCCGUAUCUGUAAGGGAGACCACUGGACCACCCGCUGUCCCUACAAAGACACCCUUGGACCCAUGCAGAAGGAACUGGCCGAGCAGUUGGGUCUGUCCACGGGAGAGAAAGAAAAGGUUGCAGAACCUGAGCCUGCUCAGCCAGUCCAGAACAAGACUGGGAAGUACGUUCCUCCCAGCCUUCGGGAUGGAGGCACGCGCCGAGGAGAGUCCAUGCAGCCUAACCGCAGAGCUGACGACAAUGCCACGAUCCGCGUGACCAACUUAUCCGAAGACACGAGGGAGACGGAUCUGCAGGAGCUCUUCAGGCCCUUCGGCUCCAUCUCCAGGAUCUACCUGGCCAAGGACAAGAACACGGGCCAGUCCAAGGGAUUUGCGUUCAUCAGCUUCCACCGGCGCGAGGAUGCUGCCAGGGCCAUCGCAGGGGUGUCAGGCUUCGGCUAUGAUCAUCUUAUUCUCAAUGUGGAAUGGGCCAAGCCAUCUAACAACUGAACUGAAGUAUUCAUGUGUAUUCCAUGGAGGAAGAUUGGGUGUUCUCCCAGUGGAUUAUGGCUCUUGAUUGCAUAAUUGUGCUGAUAAAUAAAGUUUUUUGGUUGGUUUUUUUUUGA